UCACAACAGCGUUAUGUACAGGUAGAAUGGACAGGAGAAACACGUGGGGUAUCGAACCGCUACCAGAUUCUGGAAGUCAUGACCACUCGCCAUCAGCUCGCCUCCCUAACUAUCCUCAUUUUAUGAAGAUUCCCAUGCUUGUGUAACGCUGGCCUGAUUCCAUACUUGUAUGUACAUUGGCUACCGUUUAAGAAAGGAUUGUGACGUCACGUUUCUGUUGACAAACUGUUGGCAAAGUGCUUCCACACAGCAUCCGUGGAUCAGCCCCUUAGCAUGGCCAAAAAGAUCUAUAUCUCAAGGAAAUUACACGCCACAUCACCUGUGAUGUAUACAUAACUGUACGAAACGGAUGAAAUCUAAGAAUUAAAAAACAAACAGUGUAACGGUGUGUUAUUACCUGCACAAAGUUCUCUUGUGCCUUACAUGAGAUACUGUGGUUGCCAAAGCGUCAUCUUUGGUUAAUUUGUCAUGGAAGACAAUAACUUGAUACGGGUCAAACUAAUCAAGCGGAGACAAGAUGGAUUGGGGUUUCUCAUUCGUCCUCGGAAAACCCCUCCAUUUGUCAGUGUUUCUGCCUUGGUGGCCGGCGGGAUGGCAGAGCAAUGUGGGCUGGUUCACGUCGGUGACGUCAUCACCCGUGUCAAUGAGAUUGACAUAUCAGAGUCGAGCUAUGAAAAUGCCGUAGAGUUGUUGAAGGCUUUGCCAAUUGACGCCCCUGUUGCUCUUCUAUUACGAGGUCCCGAAGGAUACUCCACACACCUUGAAACUACCUUUCAAGAGAACGGAGUACCCAAGACUAUAAGAAUAACAAAGGUGUUACCUUCGACUGACUCUCUUGUAGGACGUAUUAGGCGUACAUUUAGCCGCUCCAGAUCGCAGUCACCUUCUAAUUACAACAGGAACAAAUUAAACCGCAAUAGCAAUAAACUAUCCUCGAGUUCUCAUGCGGAGAAGUGUCUAAAUGAUACAACAACCGUUGAAGAAAACUGUUUUAUGUGUCCUAUUGAGAGACAUUUUCCUAUGAGUUCCACAAAGUCAUCCGUUAGGGCCCCAGUGACUGAUGCCGGGGUGCAGACGUCAGUAAACUCACCAACAGAGGCCGUGACCCCGCAGUGUAACGGAGGAUCUCCUGCAAUCGUCGUAACACAGACAGACAAACCUAAACAAGGCCCCACAAAAGACGACAACAAAGUGUUGCAAAGCAACGAGCAGACGACCAUUUCUAACACUAACAAAGAAACUGCCAGCAAAGACGCGCAACAAAACAUGACAUCCAAACCUCCAGGAAGUCCUGCAAAGACCUUAAUGGUUAACGGCGGCAGCACUACGCAGAACGGACACAAUAACGGGCAUCUAUCUGAUGACGAGGCCCACAGCCCGUCCACCCGCAGGAAAAGGCCAAUGUCCGCCAAUUCUGCCAAGAAGUUUGUGAAAAUUAAAAAUGUAGCUGACGAGAAGAUCGUGUAUACUGACACACUACACAACAAGUCCUUGGAGAAUGUCCCGUGUAACAGCAAUCGAUGUGUGGGCUCCAUCAUGGGAUACACAACAAACAAACGAGCCCCCGGGGAACCCCGUCCCAAAGAGGAAGUGUUGGUACAGGCCAAAGAUUUCAUUGAGCAAUACUACACUUCAAUCAAAAGAGUUAAUUCCCAAAUGUACCACAAAAGACUUGAAGAGGUAGUAGCGUCUAUUGAGAAGACUGGCACAUAUGAGCUUACGUCCAGUGAAUUGACUUAUGGCGCUAAACUUGCUUGGCGAAACGCUCCAAGAUGUAUAGGGCGAAUUCAGUGGAAUAAAUUACAGGUCUUUGAUGCCAGGCAUAUAACAACUGCCCGAGGAAUGUUUGAAGCCAUAUGCAAUCACAUAAAAUACGGAACCAAUAAAGGCAACAUUAGGUCUGCAAUAACUAUCUUCCCUCCAAGAACUGACGGGAAACAUGACUUCCGGGUGUGGAAUGCGCAGUUGAUUCGGUACGCCGGGUACAAGCAGCCAGACGGUUCCGUUAUUGGAGACCCCGCCAAUGUGGAGUUUACAGAGGUUUGUCAGAAGAUGGGCUGGAAAGGAAAAGAGGGCAUGUGGGACGUGUUGCCACUGGUUCUACAAGCUAACGGGAUGGACCCAGAAAUGUUUGAAAUCCCUCAAGAUUUAAUCCUGGAGAUUCCUAUUAAACACCCAAAGUUUCCCUGGCUGGCAGAGAUGGGGAUUCGUUGGUACGGCCUGCCCGCCGUGUCCUGCAUUAUGUUUGACUGUGGAGGGCUAGAGUUCACGGCGGCCCCUUUUAACGGCUGGUUCAUGGGGACUGAGAUAGGGGCCCGGGAUCUCUGCGACAUACAAAGAUACAAUUUACUCAAGCCCAUUGCUGAAAAGAUGGGUUUGGAUACCAAGAAGAGCUCUUCACUGUGGAAGGACCGAGCGCUGGUUGAAAUUAACAUAGCCGUGCUGUAUAGUUAUCAGCAAAUGGGCGUGACCAUCACGGACCACCACGCGGCCUCCGAGUCGUUCAUGAAGCACAUGGAGAACGAGCAGAAGGCGCGGGGAGGGUGCCCCGCGGACUGGGUCUGGAUAGUGCCGCCUAUGAGCGGCUCCCUCACCGAGGUGUUCCACCAGGAAAUGCUUCUCUACAAACUGAAACCUUCCUACGAAUACAUGGACGAUCCGUGGAAGACACAUAUUUGGAAGAAAGAUCGAGACAGGAAGGUCUCCGCCGACAGACCCAAGCGCAAGUUCGGAUUCCGGGAACUCGCCAGGGCAGUAAAAUUUUCGGCUAAGCUGAUGGGAAAAGCUCUGGCAAGGCGAGUAAAGUGUACGAUACUCUAUGCUACGGAGACUGGAAAAUCCGAGAGGUUCGCUCGAUCUCUGUGUGAAAUAUUCAAACACGCCUUCGAUGCCAAGGUGUUGAACAUGGAGGAGUAUGACCCUAUCUACCUGGAGCAUGAGCAGCUCCUCCUGGUGGUGACCAGUACCUUUGGAAACGGAGACCCCCCGGAAAAUGGCGAGGCAUUUGCAAAGAGUCUACAUGAGAUGAAAACUCCACACAACACUCAAAAUGGGGAACCUUUGUCCAUGUCGUACUUCAAGAUGAGUACCCCGAGUGAGUCAGACGACAAAGGUGAUACGUCACCAGAUACGACGGGAAAUCUGGACGCAGACGAUGGGCCUCUGGCCAAUGUUCACUAUUCGGUGUUUGGCCUCGGCUCCAGAGCAUAUCCGAAUUUCUGUGCCUUCGCCCACUUUGUAGACAACAUGAUCAACUCUUUAGGAGGAAUGAGAAUUAAUAAGAUGAUGGAGGGGGAUGAACUUUGUGGACAAGAGGAGUCUUUCCGGCAAUGGGCAGAGGAAACGUUUAAGACUGCUUGCGAAACAUUCUGUGUCGGGGACGAUAGCAGCAUCAGUGAGGCGACCAGUUCCCUGUCCAAAACAGACUUCACCUGGUCCCCAGGCAAAUUCAGACUCACCCCGGCAGACAAAGAGCCGAAAAUAACAGAAGCUUUGUCCAAAGUACACAACAAAACUGUGCUGCCCUGUAAGCUGAUCGAGAGAACACAAUUACAAUCACAGAAUUCAAGCCGACAGACAAUCUUAAUCAAACUGGACACCUAUGGCGCCUCGGAGCUGGCCUAUGUACCUGGUGAUCACGUGGCCAUUUUCCCCAAAAACUCGCCGGAUAUGGUAGAAUCAAUUCUAGCAAGACUUCAUAACGCCCCUCCAGCGGAUCAAAUAAUCAAAACAGAGAUCCUGCAAGAAAAAUCAACACCUCUUGGUUCGUCAAAGAUUUGGGAACAGGUGGAGAAAAUUCCGAUUUGUUCACUGCGCACGGCUUUCUCCCGGUACCUAGAUAUCACUACGCCCCCUAGUAUCAACAUGCUGAAGCAACUGGCGUCUCAAGCUACUUGGGAAAGUGAUAAAGAUAGGCUGGAAAACCUUGCAAAUGAUAUACACGCCUAUGAAGACUGGAAGCAUGAGAGGAACCCAAACUUGGUGGAAGUCUUUGAGGAGUUUCCUUCACUGCGAGUAAAUCCCACGCUUCUGAUGACACAACUUCCGCUGUUGCAGCAAAGAUUCUACAGCAUCAGUUCCUCACCAAAAGCAUAUCCCGGGGAAAUUCAUGCCACGGUCGCCGUCGUUAAAUACAACACCAUGGGUGGUGUAGGGCCAGUGCAUGAAGGCGUGUGCUCUUCCUGGUUGAACAAAUGUGAUAUCGGAGAAACCAUUCCUUGUGUGGUUAGAAUGGCACCUAGUUUCCAUCUUCCGGACGAUUCAACUCUCCCCGUGGUCAUGGUCGGUCCAGGGACCGGAAUUGCACCAUUCAGAAGCUUCUGGCAGCAACGUAAAAUAGAGAGAGAAAUGCUUCCUCCUCCAACGCAUGGAGAGAAGCAAGGAUGGGGUGAGAUGAGUCUGUACUUCGGCUGUAGGCAGUCUACCGUGGACCAUAUCUAUGAGUCUGAAUUAAACGCAUGCGCAAAGGAAGGUGUCUUAUCUCAGGUCAAUGUUGCUUUAUCGCGGGAGCCCGGAAAGAAAAAGGAAUAUGUUCAAGAUCUACUGAAGAAAAACAGUCAACAAAUUUUUGAAAGCAUAAUGAAGAAAGGUGGCCAUUUUUUUGUUUGUGGUGACGUAGGCAUGGCGUCAGAUGUAACGACAACUUUGUCCAAAAUAAUCCAGGAGCACGGGAAGAUGACCUCGGAGCAGGCUCAGUCGUACCUUUUGAAACUACGGGAAUCCAAUCGUUUCCAUGAAGACAUCUUUGGUGUAACAGUAAAAGCGGAAGUGACGGAUAAGGCACGUGAUCAGGCAAAGAAAGCAUGGAAGUACAUCAACUCUACCAACAAAUCCACGCGGACCGAUGAAGUGGUCACCAGAAUUCCUUCAGCGGAAAUCCUGAUACAGAACCGGAAGCGCCGACCGCCCUCAAGGAAUCGGUCCCACAACGUGUACUCGGAGGGGGUGCCGCUGUACGACAGUUCAGACUCCCUGUCCCCCGAGCACUGACCGGUCAUAUAUAUCAAUCAUAGACAUUGGAUAAUUUAAAUAUAUAUUGCUUGUUGUUUAAUUAGUCGAUUUCUAUUCAUUAUUUUCCAUUUUGAGGACGUUAUUGAUGCAUUGUUUAUAUUUUACAAACUUUUAUCACUUUUUACGGAUUACCUGUACUGUAAUUUUAAUUUGUUGGUUACUUGUUUUUCUGGGUUUCCCUUUACAUAUAAAGUUUAUGUACAUUUUAUGCAUUAUCUUCUUUUCCUCACUGCCGUUUGUAUUAUGAAUUAUGAUAAUGUUAAUUAUAUUAUGAAAAUUUAUAUCUUGUAA